AAAGGCAGUGAGUGGAUGGCAAGGGUCAGCCUUUGUCAGACUCCGUGCCAGGUCCAGCUGUGGCUGCACAGUUGCUACGUGUUAACCUCCUUGAAGCCUCACUCUAAUCCUCUGAAGUAUUUCUUUUUAUCCUUCAUUUUACAGGUGCUGCUGCUAACAUCUGCAGAAGAUUUGGACUGCACUCCUGGAUUUCAGCAGAAAGUGUUCCAUAUCGAUCAGCCAGCUGAAUUCAUUGAGGACCAGGCGAUUUUAAACUUGACCUUCAGUGACUGCAAGGGAAAUGACAAGCUGCACUAUGAGGUCUCAAGCCCAUACUUCAAGGUGAACAACGAUGGCAGCUUAGUCGCCCUGAGAAACAUAACUGCGGUGGGCAAGACUCUAUUCGUCCACGCCCGGACUCCCCAUGCAGAAGACAUGGCGGAACUCGUGAUUGUUGGAGGGAAAGACAUCCAGGGCUCCUUGCAGGAUAUAUUUAAAUUUGCAAGAACUUCUCCUGUACCAAGACAAAAGAGGUCCAUUGUGGUAUCUCCCAUUUUAAUUCCAGAGAAUCAGAGACAACCUUUCCCGAGAGAUGUUGGCAAGGUAGUCGAUAGUGACAGACCGGAAGGGUCCAAGUUCCGGCUCACUGGAAAGGGAGUGGAUCAAGAGCCUAAAGGAAUUUUCAGAAUCAAUGAGAACACGGGUAGUGUCUCUGUGACACGGAACUUGGACAGAGAAACCAUCGCUACCUAUCAACGUCUCCCCAAGCCAGUACCUCCGAGCAUCUCCGUUCGACUCUUUUCCAAUGGGUUCUUCACGUUUCCAAGCACCUCAUUUUGCGACCUGGCCUUAUCUGCCAGGCACACCUGGUGAAACUGAGGCAUGAAGAGGUUACCCGACAUCCCACAGCAGCCACAUACCUGGAUUAGACCACCGAGUCGCUCCUGACUGAUUACUUACUUGGUCCACUAAGCAAAGCCGCUUCCUCACUCGAGGCUACAGAAACUUAUUUUCUAAACUUCAUUAGCACAAACUCCUCAGAAGAGGUUCAGCUUCAAUCUUGGCAAAUGAGAGAGCCCCACAUUCCUUCCUCAACUUUCUCAUCCCCUGGCAUCUAGCCCACACAGCGUGGACCCACUGAAUGUUCACAGGAUGAAUAAAUGUCUGAGGAUCAAUUUUUAUUUUUUUCUUUCUUGUUUAUGUGUUUGUUUUAGUUAUAUAGCUACAACCACAUCUAUUUCCUGAUAGCUGUUUUUCAAAUGAGUUGGGGGCUUUUUCUCCCCAAGAUGCUGAAGAACCACAAAAUAUCAGGCCUGCAAGAUCUUUUAGAGACAUUUUAUCUAACCUGAUAAAUUUACAAGAGCAAGCUCAAUAAUUAACCAAUGGUUUUGACUCUCAGUACUGAAAAAAAAAAAAAAAGUGCUGCUGCUGUUUUGUUAUCCCUCCAAAGCAGGCAUUGAGGCUGCCCCAACCCCUGGGACUAGAUUCUGCAAACACAGAUAAGACACCCAUUCUAGCUUCUACUACCCAAUCUUCAUGUAUUUUCAACAUCAGUAAGCAUACUGGGCUUUUUCCCCAUUUUGUAAAAAUGAGCAGGGUGGUGGGGGAGAAGGAAGGAGGUGCUUGUCAUGGGCAGGGACUAAGAGGAGGAAGGAGCAAAGGAAACGAUGAAAACAGUUUGGCCUCCUCUUCUGGCUCCUUAAAGUAGGCUUGACACUUUGGGGUUAAAGGGCAGAAAAUUAUGGAAAUUAUUUUUUUAUGAGAUACUAUGCAAAGUUGAAGGUGAAGACCAGAGGCUAAUUAAAUCAAUGACAGAAGACUGGGUAAGAUUCCAGGUUCAAGCACUACAGCUGUGAGGCCAACUGACAAAGGAUGACACGGUUCUAAAGCAAGCCAUCCCUCAGCAUCCCAGAGCACCAGCCCUGAGCUGAUGGGAUGAGGAGGGAGGUGUGAGGGGAGUUCAGGAUGGGGAACAGAUGUACACCCAUGGCUGAUUCAUGUCAGUGUAUGGCAAAACCACUACAGUAUUAUAAAGUAGUUAGUCUCCAAUUAAAAUAAAUAAAUUAAAAGAAAAUAAAUAAAGGAAGCCAUCCCCUGCCCAGAGACUCCCAUAGCAGCUUGGCGUGGAAGAGCUGGUGAUUAGGGGGUGGAUCACCAUGAUGAGGCUCCCAUGGUGGCCCAGAUGAGGGAAGAAGAAGCUGACACUGACCAGGAGGCACUUAUAAAGUCAGCUUUGGUUUUCCCGAGAAAUCCCUAGAGUGCUGUUGUAAUGGGGCUCAGUUCCUCUUGAGGAGGUGAGGACCCAGAAUCCUGUGACAGGGAUAGGUGCACAGGCGACCCAUGUCCUCACUGGGGCUGGGGAGCUGCCACCCUCCAGGUUGUCCACCUCCAUUCUGGCCAGCCCCCCAGCUUAAAGUCUAAUUGAAAUAGACUGCAGCAGUUAGAGAUUUGAAAUGGAGUGAAUCUCUGAGCAAAAUCCCAGGAUGAAAAGGAGAACAUGAAGAAGCCUGAUCUUCUGCCAGCUGUGUCUUCUCUUCCAGCAAGAGCAGUGUAGGAAAAUGGACAGCAUUUAUGGAGAGGCGACCUGGACUGCCAAGAGGAUGUACACACACCAAGGCCAGCUCGCAUCCAGCAGCCCCAUCAAGCAUGAUUCAGAUCAAAUACAAUAUUGAUUUAAUCAGCAGAUAUCCAUGCUUAACUCAUGCCAGCCGUUGUCUCAGGGUCCUGGGGAAAGAGCAGCAAAUUACCACCAAGUUUCUGUUUCAUGGAACUCUGUCAAUACAUAGACAUGAGUGUGUAUGUAACACAGCAGGUGAUUAUAUGUGUUGGGAAUAAAAAUGGAGCAGAUUAAAGAUGCAGAGAGUGAUGAAAGCAGCCACAUGACCCAAGCAGGCCUCACCCAGUUGACAUUUUGGGGAAGUCUGGUGGAAGGUCUGAAGGCAGAAAUGCUGUCCUUCCCUCUCAGGUGUCCUUGGUAUCAGGAGCUCUCAUCCAGGUGACUGUGCCAUCCAGGGGACUUCUGGCAAUGCCUUGAGACAUUUUUGGUCAUCCCAGCUUAGUGCUACUGGCAUCUAGUGGGUCAAGGUGAGAGAUAUUGCUCAACAUCCUACAAGGCACAGGACAGACGCUACAUGUCCUGCUCUGCAGGUACCAGCAUGGAGCUGGCCUCUUAGAGGGUCUGGUUUGUUCACUCAGAUGUUUGUCAGUUUUGAAUAGGUCACAACAGGGUGGGAUACAUCCCUGUCCUUGAGAAGUUCUUGGUCUAGCUGGGGAUGAUCAGUAAUAAGACAUCUACACCACCAUGGGACAGGGGCAGGGCCAGGAACAACCUUCUCUGGUAUUGUGAUCAAAGCAAGUGCUGAAGAAUGAGGAGGAGUCAGCCAGGUGAUAGGACAGGGGCAGGGCAGGAGAUUGUUUCAGGAAGGGGCACAAAAGAGCUUGAGACAGCUCUGGAUACGAGGGAGAGUGAGACUCCUGGGGGAAACAGGAAAUGAACUUGACUAGCAAGGAGGGGAGGACCAAGUGCCAGGGAAUGAGCUUAGAUGGAAUAUCCCUCGGUGACAGGUAGAUGUUACAGGAUUUCAGGCUGAAGAGUGAUGUAAUCAGAUCUGGAUUUUGCACAGACUGCUCUAUUUGCCAGCAGAGGACAAUGAGAGGCAGGGAGUCCUGUCUCUGGUUCUCUGAAGUCAGAGUGACACAUACCAGAUUAAUGGCAUCCCCUUCCCACCCCACUGGAAGACCUGGGCUUUGAAUCCACACUCAUAGUAAAGAUAUCAAUAUACCUUUGGGUGAAAAAAGUAGCAAGAAUUGGGAGACCCAAUCCCACUAGGCCUUGCAGAUUAGGAGCUUGGGUUUUAUUCUAAGGACACCUAGGAGGACUUUAAGCAAGGGAGUUACACCCAAUUUGUAUUCCAGGAAGAUAAGAUUUAUUCAAGAAAAUCAAAUUGCCAUGAAGUAGAAAUUAAUUUUUAAAUGCGUUCAUUUGUUGAAAACCCACUAUCUAGCAGGCACUGGGGGAGAGAGAUAAAAGAUUAACUCUGCCUUCUGGACAGAGGAAGCCAGAAAUCUCCCUUUAUUCUAAAUCUACACACGGAGGGUGGAGAGUGCUUUAUGUGUUUGCCUGGUCCUUCCCAUUUAGUUUGGCUCAAUCUCCAGGUUAAGAGAACAUUCCCUGUUAAAAUUCCAUGCUUUUAGUUCUUUCUUCUUUGUGAGUUUAUCAGCAGGAUAUAUCAAAAUUAUUUAUUAAACAUAGUUGGCUGGAGCUGUAGGCUGUUGAUUUGUUUGAUUGGCAUCUGUUUUAAGAUCUUUAUUAUGAAAAAGGCUUAUCUUGUUAUUGCAGUAAGGCAUUAGGUGCCCCAAGAUCGUUUCCAUAUUACUUUUCUUUCUUCGGAAGGUACAGAUAUUUGCAUAAUGGGCUCCUUUAAGCAAAGUCUGUCUUUUUGGUUCCAUGUUGGAAAGAUGAUAUGCUUGCUAAAGGGACUUGACUGCGCUCUGUCACUUGGAGGCACUCAUUCCCUGCCUGCAGCUGGGGCCAAAUGCAGGGACCCUACAUCUGGACCCUUGGUCCAGAAGUGGGGUAAAGUGCAAGACAGGUGAGAAGGCAUCCUCAUUAAAUGAUGGCUUAGACCAUAUGCUAGAUUGAAGAUGUUUGAGUAUAAGAAGUUGGGAGGAGAACCCUGUGCUCUUUCAAAGUUGAUCAUACCCUCCUGGCUUGGGGUACACAUUGAGUUGGUGGCUAACACCUGGGGGGCCCCUCAGGCAAAGGUAGUAGACACAAGGCUAAGGUCUUCAUCAGCUGGUCAUAAAGGCUCAGAAACCCAGGGGACUGGCAUUUUACAACUGGGAGUGCAUUUUCUAUUCCUUUUGAGCUUUUGAUGCAGAACCUAAUCAUGAACCUACAUCAUCUUAGUUCCUGUUUAGUGUUUCUUACUUUCUCUUAUGUGAAGCUCAGCUAAUUACCCAAUGUAUUGAGUUUCUGCUGGUCACCAUUAAAGAUUUGCUGACCCCUGAACAAGAAGAGCCCUCAUGGUCCUUGGAAUAGUCAGCUCCAUAGUCCUUUGACAUCCCUAGAAGAUGAAACACAGUCAGUCCCAAAAGGGAGCUUAUACAUUUCCCUUUUCAAAAGAUUUCCAACCAGAGGUUGACCCUGUGGGGAUGCUGCCAGGCCCAGAGGUGAACUCCACUGGGAUGGGCUCCCCAGAGGCAUUUUCAUGGAGAUGCAGUGAUCUCCACUAUCAGAUCAAGGGCAGGGGCUGCCUGAACAUAUCUGCACUCUGCUUCUUGAGUAAAUUCAGUAGUGGUUGGAAAAGGCUUUGCACGGAUGUCCCAUACAGAAUACAGCAUAUCCUUGCUUCCCUUUCCUAGCAAGUUUCCCUUCAGAGCAUUGCAGCACUUGGGGAGCUGGAGGCAGGCCCAAGCUGUCCUGCGCCGGGGCUACACCUGAGGCCAACCCCUACUCUCUCUAAUAGAAUCACCACCACCACCGAGAUAAUGAUGAGAAUAUUGCUUUCUGGGUUUUGCUCUGCCCUCACUAACCCUGGCAUUGACUCAAUGCAUUACAUAACCUUCCUCGGUUUCCUGUUUCUGCCAUAACAUAUGAUCACAAGUAUGGUGGCUUAAAACAACACAGAUCUGUUACUAUAGUUCUCAGGGUCAGAAGUCAAAUGGGAGACUCCCUGGGCUAACUAAAAUCAAGGUGUCAGCAGGAAAGGCUGGCUCCUUCUGGAGGCUAGAAGGAGAAUCACUUUCUUUGCCUUUUUCAGCUUUGAGAGACCAUGGCCUUGCUUAGCCUGUGGCCUCUUCCUCCAUCCUCACAGCUGGCAAGGGUGAAUUGAGUCCUGCACAUACCAUUCUCUCUCUCCCACCCCUCUUCCAACUUGUAAGGACCCUGUGACAACAUUGAAUCUAUCUGGAUGAUCCAGGAAGAUCUAAUUUUAUUUUAUUUUAUUUUUAAACUUUACAUAAUUGUAUUAGAUCUAAUUUUAAAUUCAGCUGAUUGGCAGCAGAGGCACAGAGCAGGCUAGUGAUUGAGCCAAUGUUAUAGCUGGUAAGUGAUAGAUGAUCUUACCUUGGCCCCAGCUGCAGUCACUCUGGGGCUUCCCAGGUGGCCCAGUGGGUAAAAAAUAUGCCUGCAGCACAGGAGACGUGGGUUUGAUCCCUGGGUUGGGAAGAUCCCCUGGAGAAGGGCAUGGCAACCCACCUCCAGUAUUCUUGCCUGGAGAAUCCCAUGGACAGAGGAGCCUGGUGAGCUACAGUCCAAGAGUCGGACACAACUGAAGUGACUUAGCAUGCACAGUCACUCUAGAAUCUGGGGACAGAGGGUAUAGCCAGCAGUGUGAACCAACCCCUCUUUGGUUGGCUAUAAACAGUGUGACAACUAGAGGGAGAGGUAACUCAGUCAACCCUUGGUGACACCCAUGUGAUUCCCUUUCUUAAUAUCGGAAGCAGCUUGUCGUUUCUCUGAUAUGUUUUCCUACCAGAACAUAAAUGUCCGAGCCUAUUUCUCACUUUGCUCGUUUCUCUUCCUGAAGUGUCAUCUUGGUGUUUUAUGAUGAUCAUUUUCUUCAGAACAAGUGAGAAUCAAGGAAUGGUUAGACACUUGCUUCUUGUUUGUGUUUGGAGGUAGCUCAGAGCUACCUUGAAUCUAUCACUGAGCUCGAGGUGCUGCUCUGAUGCCUCGCAUCCAUGGGCAAAGCAGGGGCACCGGGUGGAGUGUGGAUGCCUCAGCCUAAGGAGGCAGGACCCAGCACGCCUGGUCCCAACUCUAAACUAGUUUUCACCUCACAGGCAAGUACACUAGCGCUGGACCCACUCAGCUCUCAGGCCAGGUUCCUGCCCCUGUGCAACUCACACAAAAUAGCAACAGUCAGUCUUGACCUCCUAAAAGAAUCCUAAAAGAUGAUGCUGUGAAAGUGCUGCACUCAGAUCAGAUCAGAUCAGUCGCUCAGUCGUGUCCAACUCUUUGCAACCCCAUGAAUCGCAGCACACCAGGCCUCCCUGUCCAUCACCA